UUCACCAUAGAUGCAUGUGCAACAUCAACAGCCAAGUGACACCCUUAAUCAUGGACUACCUCUUCGACUUGAGGGACAUCUUGGAAUCAAACUCCAGCAUUCCAGACUACAACUUCACUUUUCCCGACUUUCCUGACAUCAUGAGGCCCAAGAUUCAGCCUAUUCAGAUCGUGGCUCUGACCUUCUAUGCCCUUGUAGUCUUGUUUGGUGUUCCUGGGAAUGCCAUAGUGGUGUGGGUGACCGGUUUCAAAAUGCCCCCGUCGGUCACAUCCAUCUGGUUCCUCAACCUUGCGCUGGCUGACCUCCUGUGUUGCCUGUCGCUGCCUCUUCUCAUGGUGCCUCUCGCCCACGAUGACCACUGGCACUUUGGCCCGAUGGCGUGCCCACUGCUCAAAGGCCUUUUCUACUUGGUGAUGUAUUGCAGCAUCCUGCAGCUUGUCUUCAUAAGUCUUGAUCGUUGGUUGCUGGUGGCCCGGCCCGUAUGGUGCCACAACAACAGGCGACCCAAGUAUGCUGUACUGGGCUGUGUUGCCGUGUGGUGCCUGGCCCUGAUAGGCAGCAUCCCUCAGUUCGUUUACACUCAGGAGAUCACAGUGGGCGAGCACAAACGUGAGUGUGUGACGGUUCACACAGUGCAGAGCGCCUGGCUCGUCACGUCACUCCGCUUCCUGCUAGGAUUUCUCCUUCCAUUCCUGGCCAUCGUCAUCUGCCACUGGAUGGUGUACAGAAGAGCCGACAGUAAAAUGGCACAAAGCAGGAGUCGCUCCAAGCGGACGCUGAGGGUUAUUGUUGCCGUGGUGCUCAGCUUCUUCCUGUGCUGGCUGCCCCUGCACAUUGUCGACUUCUUGGUGUUGGUGACCCCUCGGUCUUCCCCUCACAGCCCAUCCGUGUACCUGGCCCAUGUUUUGACGCUAUGCCUAGCGUACUUCAACAGCUGCCUCAACCCACUGCUUUACGUUUGUCUGGGCCGAGGCUUCAAAAACACCAUGAACCGCUCCCUGUGCAACAUCCUGCACUUACUCAGCGAGGACCACAUGCCCAGAACCAGCAUCGGUACUCAUGAAACCAAGGCCACAAGCUCGUCAGAAAAGGAGAUGACUAACGUGUGAGAGGGUGCGUCUUUGGCAUAGGCCGUGAUCAACCUUCGCAAUGAAUGAAGUGGAUAGAACUUUCGUCAUUGCUUUAAAUAACCACAGUGAGCAAUUAUUAUGCCGCUUUCAAUGGGAAGGAACCAUAUUUGGUAAUGGACGCCACAUGCCUCACUAUGAAGCAGUAAAAAACAAUUUUUAUGUUUAUUGUAAAAUAAUACUUCUGUUGUGUUCUUUGGUAAUCAUAAUCAUUAACUUAGAAUUUCUGUUUUUAUUUAUGUUUAAGACAACAUCCCAACUUCAUUGGAAUUGGGGUUGUACAUCAAAAAAUGAAAUUCCUAUACAGUAUUAAAAUAUAUAUAUUCAAUAAACACAUGGGAAGAUACUUUUUAGAAGGCUAAUUCCUACCAAAUUUCUAUAUUGUUGGCCGACUGGUUAGAGCGUCAGCCUCACAGUUCUGAGGUGCAGGGUUCAAUCCCCGUCCCCGCCUGUGUGGAGUUUGCAUGUUCUCCCCGUGCCUGCGUGGGUUUUCUCCGGGCACUCCGGUUUCCUCCCACAUCCCAAAAACAUGCAUUAAUUGGAGACUCUAAAUUGCCCGUAGGCAUGACUGUGAGUGCGAAUGGUUGUUUGUUUCUAUGUGUCCUGCGAUUGGCUGGCAACCAGUUCAGGGUGUACCCCGCCCCUUGCCCGAUGACAGCUGGGAUAGGCUCCAGCACGCCCGCGACCCUAGUGAGGAGAAGCGGCUCAGAAAAUGGAUGGAUGGAUGGAUUUCUAUAUUGUAUCAUUUUGACAUUUUGAUGUAAUACUGUGGCUGAGGGUAUGUGACUUUUUUGCAGCUAUUAUAAUCAAAAUAGGAAAAAAUAAAAUCAUGAAACAUUUCA